GGUAACAUCAUUUCCAGUAUUGUACGAGUACUCUCAAAAAAACACAGAAAUCUCACUCUUAUUCUGGGAUGCUCUAGAACGUCACCAGCUUGAAGCUUUUUACAUUAACAUUAUUGUCUUUGUCUGUCUAUCUGCAAUUAACUCAUUUCUACUAAACAAGUGUUGUUAUCGCGCUUUCUGUCCAACUUCAUCGCUCAUCAAUCAUCACAACCGCUUUCUUUCUCUCUCCUCUAACCGCAGAAUGGCUCAACAAGCAUAUACAGUAGCAUCGGACAGUGAAACCACUGGAGAGGAAAAAGUUUCUGCAUUCCCAGAAAUUGCAAUUGGUAUUGACAUUGGUACUUCACAAUGCAGUGUAGCAGUUUGGAAUGGGUCUCAAGUGGAGUUACUUAAAAACACUAGAAACCAGAAAAUAAUGCAGUCAUAUGUGAGCUUCAGAGAUGAUGUCCCAACUGGUGGAGUCAGUAGCCAACUUGCCCAUGAUCAUGAAAUCCUAUCUGGAUCUGCAAUCUUCAAUAUGAAACGGUUAAUUGGUAGGGUGGAUACCGAUCCUGUUGUUCAUGCUACCAAAAGUUUACCCUUUUUAGUUCAGACCUUGGACAUUGGUGUGCGGCCAUUUAUUGCUGCUUUGGUCAACAAUGCAUGGAGAUCUACUACACCUGAGGAAGUUCUGGCAAUCUUUCUUGUGGAAUUAAGGGCCAUGGCAGAAGUCGAGUUAAAACGGCCUCUACGAAAUGUUGUUCUAACAGUCCCCGUUUCAUUCAGCCGUUUCCAACUCUCUAGAAUUGAACGUGCUUGUGCGAUGGCUGGCCUUCAUGUUCUGAGGUUGAUGCCUGAACCAACCGCUGUGGCACUUUUAUACGCACAGGAACAGCAACAUACUAUACAUGAAAAUAUGGGAAGUGGGAGUGAGAAGAUUUGUCUAAUCUUGAAUAUGGGAGCUGGUUAUUGUGAUGUAGCUAUUAGUGCAACAGCUGGUGGUGUUUCACAGAUAAAAGCCUUAUCAGGAUCUGCCAUUGGAGGGGAAGAUCUCCUUCAGAAUAUGAUGCGUCAUCUGUUGCCUGAGUUUGACACAAUUAUGUUAGGUCGUGGAUUAGAUGUUCUUAAAUCAAUGGCUUCUCUGCGAGUUGCAACUCAGAAUGCUAUACAUACGCUUUCCACUCAAACUAGUGUUAAAAUUGAUAUUGAUUUGGGGAAUGGUAGGAGAGUGACUAAGGUUGUGGACAGAAAGGAAUUUGAGGAUGUAAACAAGAUGGUAUUUGAUAAGUGUGAACAUCUUAUAAGGCAAUGCUUGAAUGAAGCAAAGGUAGAAGUAGAUGAUCUCAGUGAUAUAAUUCUUGUUGGAGGAUGUUGUUCAAUUCCCAAAGUUAGAGAUCUGGUUAAGAGCAUUUGCAGGAGAGAUACACUGUAUGAAGAAAUGAAUCCGCUAGAAGCUGCAGUUCGUGGAGCGGCACUGGAAGGAGCAGUUGCUUCUGGUAUAAGUGAUCCAUUUGGGAAUCUGGACUUGUUAACAAUACAAGCUACUCCUUUGAGCAUCGGAAUUCAAGCCCAUGGAAACCACUUUGUGCCCAUCAUCAUGAAGAAUACGACAGUCCCUGCAAGGAAAGAUGUUGUAUUUACAACGGUCCAUGACAACCAAUCUGAGGCGUUGAUUAUUGUGUAUGAAGGUGAUGAGAAAGAAAUACAAAAGAAGCAUUUACUUGGUUAUUUCAAGAUAAGUGGGAUCCCUCCUUUGCCAAAAGGAACACCUGAGAUUAAUGUGUGCAUGGACAUUGAUGCUUCAAAUGUUUUGAGGGUGUUAGCUGGCAUUAUGAUUCCAGGGAACCAAGAGCCUAUUAGUCCAAUCAUGGAGGUAAGAAUGCCAACCAUCGAUGAUGGCCAUGGCUGGUGUGCUGAAGCACUUAACAAAACUUAUGGAUCAACUUUAGAUAUCAUCACACUACAGAAAAAGACACAUGCAUGACCCAUGAUUUCAACUUAAUUAUCUCAAGGUUUUAAUGGUGUUUUUGUUUGUGUUGUAUCAUGUAAAUGAACUCAAAAUAAAAAGUCAGUUUGUGUAUAUUGAUUUUCAUGCUGUGCUUUCGUGUACUUGUCAAAUGAAUGCACUAUCCACUCACACAGUUACUGUCA